AUGGGUACAGAGGUACAUCGCAUUAAACGUGCUGUAGUGCAGUGGUUUGUUCGCUUUGAGGAGAUACCUGCAGGCAAACGAAAACUUUUAAGUCGCGAUCCAGACCCACAUGAGAUCUUCCUGUAUGAUGUUGGUAACUGUGACAAUGACAUUAAUGCAGAAACAAUAAUUGGUGAUAUAAAGGUGGUGCAGCUGUCUCCAGAUCAAGUUUUCCAGAAGGAGAAAAAUGAGCAUGUUUUGUUUGUGAAACUAUCCUGGAAUGGAAAAGCCUUUAAACCUUUAACUAAGUGCAUGUUACCAAGUAGAAAUGGCAGCUCACCAAUGCAAGAAAUAGCUGACAAAGUAUCUCAGCAGAACUCUUUAAAGCUCAAUUUCUGUUCACCUAAAGAUGGAAGCUGUGACUUUGACAUUAUUCCUACUUCUGCGGCUUGCAGUAGUAACAAAGCAAGUCACAGCUUAACAGAAUCAAAAAAUAGUGACAUUGAAAUUGAAUCAAAACACUCUGCAUCAAAACAUUCUCAUUCAAAAGAUCGAAGUUCUUUGCGGGCUGCAACCAAAAAUAGUACUCCAGGAGCGAGGAAGAAGUUGCAGCUGACAAGUCCUUCAAAGUCUCCAGGAAGCAAACUGACACGACAGGAUGUGUUGGCACAACUUUUUGACGAUGAUGCAUUUGUUGAGUCUGUUGGUUCAACAGUGGCCAAGAGGAAGGUUGCUUUUGACAGCUGUGAUAGCCCCACUAAAAAGUCUUUGGACAGCCAAUCUAGUGAAAUGUCUAAUCACUGUAUUUCACCAACAAGCCAGAAGAGUUCUGUGAAGGAGAGCACAGACUUGAUUGCUGCAGCGUCCACCAAGCUGCGUAAAGCUACACCAGGAAAGGCAAGAAGCAGAGAUGCUUUCUCAAGCAUAAUAGAUGGCAUUUGUGAACUGAAGAAUCAUGAGGAGGAAGACUGCACUGAUGCUGACCAGUUAAGCAAGACAAGAAACAUGACAACUCCAGCAAAACAUGAAUCCACUUCAAAAAAGGGUUGUAGGUCUUCAACACGAAUUAAAGAAAUGGAAGACACUAGAAGGGAAAUCAGAUUAUCAAGUUCCAAGACUUGCAGAAAAUCAGUCUUAAAAGGUGCUGCACAUUUGAUGGAACAAAUCAGUAUAUUAAAUGACAGCAGUGAGGAUGAAGAUGAGGACUUUUCACCUGAUUCCUGCAGCAGCGAGGAGGAAGAUGAGGAACAAGAGGAGGAUGCUGCAAGGAGUAAAAUAGAUCAGAAGAAAAAGUCUCAUCAGGGGCAUGUCCCCUCAACUCCAAAGUCUUCACAGAAGUCUUCUGUUUCUAUCACACCAAACAGAAUGCGUACUCCACGAACUCCCAAAACCCCACACAAUGCAACUCCUAGAAUUCCAUGUCGGAAUCAGCCAGUCAGGAAACCAGGCAGUGUGUUAGAGGAAGCAAGAGCAAGAUUACAUGUUUCAGCAGUUCCAGAGUCCUUGCCAUGUCGAGAGCAGGAGUUCCAAGAUGUGUAUAAUUUUGUAGAAAGCAAACUUAUUGAUGGAACUGGAGGGUGUAUGUAUAUAUCUGGUGUCCCUGGAACAGGAAAAACUGCAACUGUUCAUGAGGUAAUUCGCUGUCUGCAGCAUGCAUCUGAGCAGGAUGAACUGCCAGCAUUUCAGUUUAUCGAAAUUAAUGGGAUGAAGCUUACUGACCCCCAUCAAGCCUAUGCACAGAUUCUGAAGAUGCUGACUGGACAAAAGGCCACUGCUGACCAUGCUGCUGCUCUGCUAGAGAAACGGUUCAGCACUCCAUCACCAAAGAGAGAGACUGCAGUCCUGCUAGUGGAUGAGCUGGAUCUCUUGUGGACCAGGAAGCAGAAUGUGAUGUACAACUUGUUUGACUGGCCUACCCGUAAAUCAGCCAAGCUGGUAGUUUUGGCCAUUGCAAAUACUAUGGACUUGCCAGAAAGGAUUAUGAUCAACAGAGUGUCCAGCAGACUGGGUUUGACCAGGAUGUCAUUCCAGCCCUACACCUAUAAGCAGCUGCAGCAGAUCAUCACAUCACGGUUGAACAGGCUGAAAGCAUUUGAGGAUGAUGCAAUACAGCUGGUUUCACGAAAGGUGGCUGCAUUAUCUGGAGAUGCCAGACGUUGCCUUGAUAUUUGUAGAAGAGCCACAGAAAUUUGUGAACUGACCCAGAGCAAAGGCACACGCCUGGUUGGAAUGGUUCAUGUCAUGGAGGCACUUGAUGAAAUGUUUUCAUCUCCUUUCAUUAUGGCAAUCAGGACUGCAUCUGUACAGGAGCAGAUGUUCCUACGAGCCAUUAUUGCUGAGUUCCGUAGGUUAGGCCUUGAGGAAGCAACAUUUCAGCAGGUCUACCAGCAACAUAUUUCUUUAUGCAGGAUUGAAGGACUGCAACCUCCAACAAUGUCUGAAACGAUGGCAGUGUGUUUACGACUUGGUGCCUCUCGCCUUCUGUUAACUGAAUCCAGCAAGAAUGACCUCCAUAUGCGUGUGAGGUUAAAUGUUAGCCAGGAUGACAUCAUGUAUGCACUGAAAGAGGAGUAAAGUUCAUCCUGGUCUACAUCUGUUUUAGUUGCUUAGAAUUUUUAUAAUACAAAUGUUAAUGUGAAUAUUGAUUGUACAUUUGUUGUGUAAAAAUUUAUCAUUUUUAGCAGCCAAUGAUUUUAUGAUGGAAAUGUCAACAUGGAUUUUUGAAUGUCUUUUGUAAAAAUAAAACCUAAAAUUAAUAUUUAAUAGAAUUUUAAAAGAUUUUGUAUGUUAUAUAAAGCACUUUCUAAUAAAAAUUUCUCUGCAACCUGUUUAUGUAUACCUAGACUGUGGCAUUUACUAUUAAGGAAAGUUAUCUCUGUUGUACAUGAGAAUAAGAGAAAAGCUUUGACAUUAUACAUUGUUAGAUACCAAAGGAAUGUUGAUGCCCCAGAAUAGCCCAUUGUGAUAGGACAGCUAGGAACUGCUGCAGUGUUUUAGAUAUUAUCUAGGUCUAUGAGUGUUUUUUAUGGCUUAUUUGACUAAAGACGGUCAUUUCUAAUUUUUAAAUUUCCU